CGGAAAGGCCCCAAAAAAACCGUCAGCUCCCUUUCAACAGAGGGAAUGACACAGAGACCCGGCCAGCGUGGGUCGUGAUGGGAGCUUGAGCAGCUUGAGGCGCGAUGAAAAAAAGCCGCAAAGAGGUCGGCUAUGCGGAGCCAAAGGCGCAGCCAAAGACGCAGCCAAAGGCGGAGCCAAAGGCUCUUAGCGCAUCCGCGAGACGCGCCCAUGAGCAGCAGAACGUCUUGCGUCUCACCACAGAGGGUCCCAGCAACGUCGACAGCAAGGACUUCUGUGGUGCCUUUGCAGCCCUGGGCUUGGACAACUCCUGGGACUUGAAAGCCUUUAAGAAAGGCUUCAAAAUUGACAUCAAAGAACUCAGUGAUGAGCAAGUGGUGUUUGACAUGCUUGGCAUUGACCCUCCCUUGGUGAAUGCGUUCAGGCGCAUCCUCAUUGCAGAGGUGCCCACGGU